GAGACAUAUUGUGUAGUUUGAUAUAACGAGGUUAACCUGAUCACAUUUCACUAUGGCUUGUUGUGGCGGGCCAGGAUAUGCCACUCCAUUGGCAGCUAUGUCAGGACCCAGAGAGAAGAUGGUGUAUAUACCGUGUAUUAUUAAACCAGAUGAAAAAGAGAAACGUUGCGACUAUUUAGCUACAGUUGAUAUAGAUCCUCAAUCUCCAACUUAUUGUAAGGUCAUCCACAGACUAGAGAUGACCUAUCGUGGGGAUGAAAUUCACCACUCUGGGUGGAACGCAUGCUCAAGUUGUUAUGAUGAUAGCAGCAAGUCGAGAAAUCGUUUGAUCUUACCAUGUUUAAAUAGUGAUAGAAUAUAUGUUGUGGAUACAGGCACAGAUCCUAAAGCACCGAAAAUUCACAAGAUUGUCGAACCAAAUGAAAUACAUUCUAAAACUGGAUUAGGUGCACCACAUACUUCACAUUGUUUAGGUUCUGGCCAAAUCAUGAUAAGUUGUAUGGGAGAUCCUGAUGGCAAUAAUAAAGGUGGAUUUCUUCUAUUAGAUGGUGACGACUUUUCUGUAAUUGGCAACUGGGAAAAGGGGGUUAAUGCGUGUUUUGGUUAUGAUUUUUGGUAUCAACCUCUUCAUAAUGUGAUGGUUAGUUCAGAGUGGGGUGCACCGAAGGCAUGGAGAUUAGGUUUCAACCCUGAACAUGUAGAAAAAGGAUUAUAUGGACACUGUAUGCAUGUAUGGGACUGGACUACACAUGAGCAUAUCCAGACGCUGGAUCUUGGAACCGAAGGGUUUUUGCCUUUAGAAAUUAGGUUUCUGCAUGAACCAACAGCCACUGAGGGAUACGUUGGCUGUGCAUUGUCUUCAAAUGUUUUCAGGUUCUAUCGAAACCAAAAAGGUAUAUGGGAAGCCGAGAAAGUAAUCGACGUACCCUCUAAAACAGUUACGGGAUGGGCUCUACCGGAAAUGCCCGGUCUUAUAACCGACAUCCUGCUCUCGCUAGAUGAUAAAUACUUAUAUUUAAGUAACUGGGCACAUGGUGAUAUUAGACAAUAUGAUAUCACUAAUACUCGUAAACCUAAAUUAGUUGGCCAGAUAUUUUUGGGUGGUAGCAUAACAAGAGGUGGUCCAGUCACAGUUACCAAAGAUUCAGAAUUAAAGAAGCAGCCAGAACCUUUGAUCAUCAACAGUAAGGAAUAUAAAGUUAGUCCUCAAAUGUUGCAAUUAAGUUUAGAUGGUAAAAGAUUAUAUGUAACAACAUCAUUAUACAGUGUUUGGGAUCAACAAUUUUAUCCCGAAAUGACCAGAGAUGGGUCCAUAUUACUUCAAAUAGAUGUUGAUACCAUAAAGGGUGGACUAACACUGAAUAGGGACUUUUUGGUAGAUUUUGGUCAAGAGCCUGGUGGUCCAGUACUAGCUCACGAGAUACGUUAUCCUGGUGGUGAUUGCACUUCCGAUAUUUGGCUUCAUAAAACGGCAUCUCACAAACUUUAAGUAUGUUUUAGUAUAGUAUAGUAUAAUCUAAGGAGGUUUAUUAUUAUUAAAACUCUGUGGUAUAAUGAUAUAAUAUAUGAUAUUUAGUAAAAAUUAAAAUGUGUUAAAUUUUCCCACAAGACCAUAAGCUAGACUAAUGAUCUGUGUUUAUUCACGUGCUUUGUGUAAGCAUGUCGUCUGUAGUCUUAGUGUCACGAAACUUUAAUUAACUCUUAUUAUAUUUGUUAAAUUGUUAAUAUUUCAAAGAUAACUUUUAUCUAACAUAAAUUAUUCUAACGGCACUUUUUCAUUUCGUAUAAAAUGAUUUUGUUAAAAUAACAGCUUUAUUACAACAGUACUUGGCUUCUAUUUCUAAACUAUAUUUGGCGAGGUACAAAGCAAUAAGUGCUUCAAAGCAUAGGAAGGGCAUAAUUAGACAAAAAGUUCACUUAACGAUCUUCAGAAGUACAGCGUCCAUUGGUAUAUUGGUAAUAAGUAGUUAUUCCCCUUACAAUAUUACAAUAUCUGACACCAGGACUAUGGCACUUUAUUUUGCUGGAUCAGAUUAUGUUGGACGGAAUCAAGUCUUUCGUAGUUUAGGAAUUUAUUAAGAUUUACAAUGUUCCGCGUUUUGAUCGGUGAGCAUGAAUUGUAACAACAGGUGGGCCAAAAAUCAGGAAUUAAUUGAAAAGCACCACAUUCGCCUUUUUUGAUCGGUUUUAAAAAAUAUUUGUGGUAUAUUUGUAACUGAAGAACCAAAAAUUUAUGGAAGAUAUUUUUUUCUCGCCACGGGAUAAAAUAUUGAUUUUUGUAUCAAAUAUGUUAAAUGGUCAGGAUUUCAAUACUUAUAAAAUAAUUUAAUUCGAAUCAUUGAAUUGUGAUUUUAAAAUUUUUAAAUUUUAUUAUAGCAUUAUUUUAAUCAAACAAAAAACAGAAAGAAACAUUGACCUAAGAAAUUAAAUUAAGCUAUUUAAUAUUC